GUCAAACUAGGCUAAAACGGAAAUAGACGCGAAAAAUCUGGUUAUAACCUUAACGAUUUCCUCUUCCUCUUUCUUUCUACACGACUUCACUCCAGCAAGAUGAGUAAGAUCAACAGAGAUUCACUCCGUGAGUCCAUUGACAAUGUUCUCAAGUAUGCCAAUGAGAUUAAAGUACGAAAGUUCACGGAAUCCAUUGAACUGCAAAUAGCUCUCAAGAACUAUGAUCCUCAAAAGGACAAGCGUUUUGCUGGAACCAUCAAACUGCGUAAUAUUCCUAAGCCUAAGAUGAAGGUAUGUGUUCUUGGUGAUCAAGUUCAUUGUGAUCAGGCCAAGGCUAACGAUAUGCCACAUAUGGACAUUGAAGCACUCAAAAAGUUGAACAAGGACAAAAAGCUUGUUAAAAAACUUGCCAAAAAGUAUGAUGCUUUCCUUGCUUCUGAGUCUCUGAUUCGUCAAAUUCCCAGAGUGCUGGGUCCAGGUCUUAACAAAGCUGGCAAGUUCCCAGCACCCAUUACUCACAAUGACAGUCUUAAUGCUAAAGUUGAAGAGACUAAGGCUACCAUUAAAUUUCAAAUGAAAAAGGUCUUGUGCUUGGCUGUCUGCAUUGGCCAUGUCAAGAUGAACAAUGAAGAGCUGUAUCAGAAUAUUACCUUGGCUAUCAAUUUCCUUGUUUCUCUUCUGAAGAAAAAUUGGCAAAAUGUCAGAUCUCUGUACAUUAAGAGUACAAUGGGUCCAGUGGAGAAAAUUUAUUAAUAUUUCAGUAUCAUUAAAAUAUUGAACCUUUUAAA